AUGUCUUGCUCAGCUUGGAGUGGAUCUUGUUCCUCCCGCGUCUCCUCCUCUGUGACUGGGGGCAACAGCUUCAGCAGUAGAAGCAGAUGUGGUGUGGGGGGCGGCUCUGCCCAGGGCUUCCAAGGAGGAGCCAGCAGCAGCUGUGGCCUGAGUGGGGGAUCUAAGGGUGGCUUUGGAAGUGGCGGUGAAUGGGGCUUCCGUAGCUGCUCAGUGAGGGGUGGGUUCGGAGCAGCCUCGGGCUUUGGGUCUGGCUUCGAUGGGGGCUCUGGCUUCGGUGGGGGCUCUGGAUUCAGCAGUGGUACCAGUGGAGGCUUCUACAGCGCCGGCGGUGGUAUAGGAGGUGGCCUUGGUGGUGGUGGUAGUGAUGGGGGGCUUUUCUCUGGAAGUGAAAAGCAAACCAUGCAGAAUCUCAAUGACCGUCUAGCCAAUUACUUGAAUAAGGUCCGAGCCCUAGAAGAGGCUAACACUGACCUGGAGAUCAAAAUCAAGGAGUGGUAUGCAAAACACGGGCGGGGAUUCCGAGAUGGUGGAUCUGGAAGAGACUACAGUAAAUACCACUCAAUCAUUGAAGACCUGAAGAACCAGAUCAUUACUGCCACUGUUGAAAAUGCUAGGAUGACUUUGCAGAUUGACAACGCCAGACUGGCUGCCGAGGACUUCAGACUGAAGUAUGAGAAUGAGCUGUGCCUCUGGCAGAGCGUGGAAGCCGACAUCAACGGCCAGAGGAAAGUGCUGGAUGGUCUGACCAUGACUCGUUCAGACCUGGAGAUGCAGAUCGAGGGUCUCACGGAGGAGCUGGUCUACCUGAGGAAGAACCAUGAGGAGGAAAUGAAGUGUAUGCAAGGAACCUCUAGAGGGGACGUGACUGUAGAAAUGAAUGCCGCCCCGGGGAUCGACCUGACCAAAUUACUGAAUGACAUGAGGGCACAGUACGAGGAGCUGGCAGCACAGAACCGCCAGGAGGCCGAGGAGCAGUUCCACAAGCAGAGUGCAUCCCUGCAAGCCCAAAUCUCCAUGGAUGCAGGGGCAGCCAGUUCCGCCAAAAGUGAAGUGACAGAACUGAGACGCACAGUGCAAGCUCUGGAAAUCGAACUUCAGUCCCAGUUGGCCAUGAAAAGCUCCCUGGAAGGGACCCUGGCUGACACAGAAGCUGGCUACAUGGCUCGGCUGUCAGAAAUUCAGGUGCAGAUCAGCUGCCUGGAGGAGCAGAUAUGCCAGAUUCGGGGUGAGACAGAAUGCCAGAAUGCAGAAUACUCGCGUCUCCUGGACAUCAAGACGCGUCUGGAGAUGGAGAUUGAGACCUAUCGCCGUCUGCUCGAUGGAGAGGGCGGGAGACAUGAUUAUAGAAGCUCAGGAUCCAGGGAUGUGGCAUCAUGUGACUCAAGAUCUGGAAGCUGUUCUGGUCAAGGAAGAGAUCCCAACAAGACAAGAGUGACGAAGACCAUCAUAGAGGAGGUGGUGGAUGGCAAGGUUGUCUCCUCUCAAAUCAGCAACAUUUCAGAAGUGAAAAUUCAAUAAGCAAUUUCCAGGUCAACAAGGAUGUCUUUCAAAGAAAGCAAUCAAGGAGGUACAGGUGAAGAAACUGCACCCAUUUGAUCAUCAUUCCAGAGAAUUCCGGGAGAAAGCUUCCACCCCAAAGUAGCUGACCAGCCAAUUUUUCUGCAUCUUCUUAUAUUCUUAUUAGAAUGUUCU